AUGGCAAAAUCACUACGUGCAAAGAGUCAUUUAAAGGCCAAGUCUGUCAAGCGUCAUGCUGUUUUCCAGAAAGUCGUUGAUGCCCGUGAAACCAGGCUGGCCGAGAAAUUGAAGCAGGACUUCAUCAACCAGAAAGUGAAAGAAUUAAAGGAAAAAGACGGUGAAGACGUCACCAUGGAGAUUGACAACGUGGGAGCAGCCGAUAUAUCUGAAGGUUCCACCAAGAACGGUGCCACUGUGAGCACAUCUGGGUGGAGGGACGCCAGACAUCUCAAUUACAGGAGGAGCAAGAAGGCGAAGAAAACUGGUAAGAAGGGCUCCUUCACUAAAUUUUAG